GCAACUAUAAUGAAAUCCUGACAUUUCUGAACUAGAAGCGUUUUCUAAGGGGUGGGAUUACUGGGUUGACAAUUUCUCUUAAUCUGAAAAAAAAAAAAAAAAUCCAUCUUCCUUCCUCCCUCCCUCCCCCCAUCCCCUUUCGGUCUUCUUCCAUCCCGAGAGACGCACGAAGACUCUGACGGUUUUUAUUUGAGUGGAAAGUUGAAAGAGAGCAACACACCGGCUGCACCCAUCCGGCGCUCCUUGGGGUGGAAUAGCAAAGUUCUAGGGCACAGCCUUCCUGCCCCGAGCCGGCGAGGCAGCCGCUCUCCGCUACCUGCUCAGCUUCACGCCGCAUCUGAAGGUCCGCCCGCCGCGGAACAGUUGCGUCUCCAUCUGGCUGCCAACCCACCCAAGCUUUCUUCUCCUCCACCACCACCACCUUCCCUCCUUCCCCCCUCCUCCCCCUCCUUUCCGUCUUCCCUCUCCACCCCCGCUCCCAAUCUCCUCCUCUUUUUCUCACUACAAGCGGUUGCUGAUGCUGAAGCCGAGCGUCACUUCGGCUCCCACGGCAGACAUGGCGACAUUGACAGUGGUCCAGCCGCUCACUCUGGACAGAGAUGUUGCCAGAGCAAUUGAAUUACUGGAAAAACUACAGGAAUCUGGAGAAGUACCAGUGCACAAGCUACAAUCCCUCAAAAAAGUGCUUCAGAGUGAGUUUUGUACUGCUAUUCGAGAGGUGUAUCAAUACAUGCACGAAACGAUCACUGUUAAUGGCUGUCCUGAAUUCCGUGCCAGGGCCACAGCAAAGGCAACAGUUGCAGCUUUUGCAGCUAGUGAAGGCCACUCCCACCCUCGGGUAGUCGAACUGCCAAAGACUGAUGAAGGCCUUGGUUUUAACGUGAUGGGAGGAAAGGAGCAAAACUCCCCCAUUUAUAUCUCUCGCAUCAUUCCUGGAGGGGUGGCCGAAAGACACGGAGGCCUCAAAAGGGGAGACCAGCUGCUAUCAGUGAACGGAGUGAGCGUGGAAGGGGAGCACCACGAGAAAGCGGUGGAGCUGCUCAAGGCUGCUAAAGACAGCGUCAAGCUGGUGGUCCGCUACACCCCCAAAGUCCUGGAAGAGAUGGAGGCGCGCUUCGAGAAGCUCCGCACGGCCCGGCGCCGGCAGCAGCAGCAGCAGCUCAUUCAGCAGCAGCAACAGCAGCAGCAGCAGCAGACACAGCAGAACCACAUGUCCUAGGUCCUUAAAGAGAAGCCACCUGAUCGAAGAUCCGAUAGUCACAAAUUCGAAACCGGGCUUCCGAAUCCCAGCACAUAGUAAAAGGAAGAGACCACAUUGAUAAUUAUACCUGUCAAGAAGCGGUGAACACGGGGUGUAUGAAUCUUUACCAAGGCGACUCGACACCGUCUUUCUCGGGGGCUGAAUCCCACUGCUCACACACUCUUUACACACACAGACCUUCCAUUCGCUGCAGUGGGAAUUCUCAGUGUGUAAAGGGAGAGGUUUUCCAGUCUGCAGACUGAAGUAGUACAAGAAGAGUCAAGUCCAUGACUUUCUGAUAAAUCACCAGGCCAAGACAAAGUGAAUCUUUGGGCUAUAGCUUUUCCAGAGAUGAACGAAUCCCUCUUUAGGCUGUAUUUCAAACUGUAUCAGUUCAAGGUUGUUAUCACUUACAAGAAACCUACGCAGGGUACCCAUACCCUGACCUUGUCCACAUCCAUAUUGCUGAAUUGUCUGAAAUAGAAUUCCAGUUAAUUGCAAAUUUUGCAUUUAUCCACACCCCCCCUUCAAAAUGGCAAGUUAUGCUAUUGAUACUCUAUUCAGGUUCUAGAAGCAACUGGCUUUUUAUUUUCUGUCUCCAUGAAUUUAAUUAUGCAUUAAUGGAGUGCAACAAUUUUUGCCCAACUUUUGGUUUACUAGAGGCAAGGGAAGAGAACUCUCAUAGGGUAUUUUUUUUUUUUAAUUUAAGUAUUGCUUUUAUCUAUGAUUAUUGAUUCUAACAGGAUAUAAUGUAUAUUUAUUCCACACAAUAUAUAUUAUCAGAGUGUAUUUGCUACGAACUGAGGUCUUCUCUUACCAAAUGUUACAAAUCUGGUAAGAGAACACUAGCAACAGACCUAGCUUUUGGUUAAGUUUUAUAUUUUUUGAUUGAUAAACUCUGGAGAAAUCUAAACUCUUUCUACCUACACCGAUACAUCGUUAUAGAAAUUUAUUUAAUAUUUUAAAGCUGAGAGCUUUACAAAGCUCAAUUAUGAUAUAUGUUCAUACACACACACACACACACACACAAAUACAUAUUUCACACAAUGUUUAGAUCAGUUUCCCCAAAGAUAAACUGGACAUUUUUGGCAAUCUAAGACCAAAAGUAUUACUCCUUUUAAAAUUAUGCAGCUGUAAACCAGGAUAUAAUAUUGUAAAUGAAAAGAAGCUGUUCCUUCUAGAGGGAAAAAAAUGCCUCGUUCAUUACACAUAUUCAUGUAGGGAAAUAGACAAGGAGAAACCAUCUUUCAGGAAGUAUCAGUUGCUGGAAAAUGAUCUAUUAGGAGCCCCCUAUACAGAUCAUCCCUUUUGACUUAUGAUAAAUUGAAGCACAUAAAUUGACUUUACUCAAUGGAAUGAAUAGGAAGCAAUAAUCAUUUAGGCACUUAAAUAACUUAGGCACAAAAAUGUACCAGAAAAAAGAAUAAAUGUUUCAGCUGAAACAUUCUAGAAAGAGCAUUGGAACUGAGGCAAAUAUUUGGAUGUUCCCUUUUCUCAAAUGCAGAAAUUGAUACCCCAACCUAGAGUUUACAUUUCAGAUAGUCCCCCAAAUUAGAAAUCGAUGAAACUCUGUUCAAGAGCUAUUGCUUGAAAACAAGAUAAAACCAGUCAGACUAAAAUAGAACCACACAUUUUCUUUUGCCCUGCCAAGGGGUAGUAUUGUCAGUACCAAGUUCUGCCUGUUCUUCGCAACACAUCACCCAGCAGAGAGCAAAGAGCGAGGAAACUAGGAGCUACACCAAUUUCAACAACCUUCCUGUGAACAUAUCAUUUUUUACUGGAGAAAACUGGGGUGGGGGAGGGGAGGGAGGGCAAAGGGAGGGCGGACCUUGAAUGUUAUGUAAAAUAGGUUUACAAAAGAGAUAAGCAUGACUAAAGGGAGUGAAUGGAGACUACGCGUGAGUAUUACUCAGUUUGAAAGAGGUAGUUCUCAUUUUUAUAAGAAAAAUUUAAUAAAACAUAUAUUUUAGUUAUCAUUUAACAAAGAAGUAUAAAAGCUAUUCAGACGAUGCCACAGAUUCUCAUAAAGGGAAAUCAUUGCACCCUUGUAAUGAGAAAAUGGUCAUUUCAACACAUUUCAAUGCCUUGUGUAAAUUUGGAGCUUAAGGUUUGUUUUCAUUUAACCGUAAGUGUAUGGUUGAUAUGAAAUGAUCAUAUGUUUUUCCAUCAAUAUAUACUGUCAUGGUGUUAUAGAAGCAGCUAUCAAAUGAACCGAUACCUUACAUUUGUGUUUUCUAGAUGUCUUUGUAUGUUAUGCUUCACUUGCAUAAUGUUAAAUGCUAAUAAAUGUAUGCCAAGUCCUUUGUCAAAGUGAAGGGGCGAACCAUCACACCAAAGGCAUCUAAAGACAGAUUACAUGUCACAGUGGUCCUACAUACAAAUGACCAAAUGGCCAGGUUUGGGUUUUGUUUUGUUUUCAGUAAAAUCUGGUCAUUGAAAUAUAAACCUUCCCUUAAAGUUUUAAUCAAAAGUUUCUGUUCCUAAGACUUAGAGAGGCCCCUGUGUGGUUCUCUACGUUUCACCGAAGCCAGAGGGAAAGGGAAAAAAUUUACUACCACUUGUACUAAUGUUCUAAUGUUCUUUAUUAUUAAUGAUCCUGGUAGAGCCACUGACGUGUCCAAAAUCAUAUUAAGGACAUAUCAGGUUGCUCUUAUGUGAAUGUCACUCUUGAGUCUCAUAAUUAGAUAUUCAAAGUUAGGGGGGAGAUCUGGUACUACUAGUCUUCCAUGAUCCUGGUGAAUUUGAGUUCUUUCCUUUGGUCAGGUCGGUGGCCAGAUUUUGCUAAACUCUUUCCUGCUGUGAUUUUGAAGGCCAGUACACAGAGCAUAGUUUAGUAAAAAGAAUACCUGAACCUCUCCAUUGGGGGCAUUUCCAUUUUGAUUCUGUUGCCAUUUGAAAUAGAACAUCCGCCGGGAGAUAAUGAGCUUAAAUUACAAUUGACUUUUGGAAAAGUAACAGACUUUUGUGCUUCCUCAAUCAUGUAAUCAAUGGGGAAUUCUCUCUGUCUGUGAACUACCCCUAUCUUUUAAGACAAUGCUAAAAUCUAAAUGUAAAAUCUAGCUUUCAGGGGCUUUUUGAGAAAUCAAGGCUGUCUCGGACAAACUUGGCUAGAGAUGGAUUAAUUACAUCAAUUUACAAAUGCGGUUCUCAACCGCGACAAAUCGAACGGAUGUGAUCCCAGCUCGUUUUACUCAGCUGUGCCCAUAGGACUCCAAGACGCUGGGAGAUUUUGUCUCCGUUAUCUUAAACGUCUAUAGGUAUCUGUGAAUGGGUGAAUAAUGCCUGAAUUUCUCAUCUUUUAGCUGGUUUGUGUUUAUUAUACGGACAGCCUGUUAAUAAGACCAGUUUUCGAUAGGGCUGUGAAGUAGAAAUCAAUGCUCUGAAGACUUAGGGAAGCCAACGUUAGGCAAUAGCUCCCCAAACUUGGGGCAGUCCUACCCAGCGUGGCCCUCUCUGGAUCAUAAACUCCACGAGAAGAAGGUCUGUGCCGGCUUUGUGGACCUGACAUCCGGUGGGGGGCCUGCCACAUGAUAGGUGCUCAAAUGGUGUUUGUUGAAUGAAUGGAAGAUUGGGUUUAGGUCGAUAGACAAACGAAUCUUGCCUUCAGAUAAUUUGAAAAAUUUCACCAGCAUACAGCAAUUGGCACUGUAAUUUCUGAAUUUCAUAGAACCAGAAUUGACUCUUUUCAUAAAUAAAUACUUUUCAGAUAGAUUGAAUUUGGAAUCAAUUACUUGAAACCUUCAAGGAUUUGAGGCCAUUUAGAUGAGGGAUAGUGUUUGGGGAUUAAGUUUUUAACAAUGAAGAAAGCUCAGCCUUUCUAGUUCUUUAUGAAAGCUCCCUGAGUUAUUUUGUAAGGGCGAUUAAAAAACAUAGAACUCCAUUUAUGAGUUUUAUAAAAUAUUCUGUUUCAAUUUUUAAAAAAGGAAGAAAAGUCAUGACAUCAAGCACAUGAUUAAUAUCACCUUUCAUAUUUUCUGAUAACUUCUCUCUGAGGAGUUCAUAGUAAUUGGGGACACAUCUCUACAUCUUCUUCUGCUUUCAAAAGAUCACUUCUUUCCCAUUCGAUUUCUAGACUAUACAUGACCUAAAGAUGAAUCACAGCUACUAAGCCUUUUCCAUGUAUUUAUUCAUUUAACAAAUAUUUCCUGUGCACCGAGUACAUGGUAGGUUCUAGAAAUACAAUGGCAAACAAGACAGACAUAGUGCCCUCCUGGGGCUUACUGUGAGGAACUCCACGUUCCUCUGGCGAUAGCUAGGGUUUACUGUCCAUCUCCCUCUUCACAGCCGACAUAAAGAAAAUCCCUGGCUCAUGGAAAUCAUGAAAGACCCCCUGCUCAUAUUUUAUGCGAGCUUGCUUUUCUAAAAGCAACACUCAAAAAUACUACUCACCUUGCCCAUAUACCAUAGUUAGAUCCCAGCAAGGUAGGUAAGUAAUAAUUUAUUCAUAAUACUUAGCUAUUACUAGGUUCUGCUGUGCUUGGUACUUUCCAUGGGCUGUACCACUGAAUCCCUUCAACAACUCUAGUAGGUUUCAUUUUAUAGGUAAGAAAACUGAGGCACAGGUAUACGACUUGUCCAGGUCAUACAGCUAGCAGAAGAAAUGAACCCAUGCAGUGUAACAUAAGAGUUCAUGUGUCUAACCAUGAUCUGUGGUUUGGGGGAUGCCAUUACAUUAAAAUAAACGGGUCAUUAAAUGAGUCACUGUAUAUAAAAGUCCUUUAAAGUUGGAAAGUAGUAAACAAAAAGAUAGUUCAGUAUUAAGGUCAACAGUCUAUCAGAGGCAGAAGCAGACUGAGAACUCAAUCUUACAUUAACAGCUUACUCUCGAGAAGAACAUGUCAAGCCAGGGACAUGGAUAAAGUGCAGGUUCCGAAAAAUUUUGACGUGUGAUAAAUAUGUCAAUGACUUUUCAGAAUUAUGUGUUAGCCACUGUGUCUAUCUGGUGCUACAAGAAACAAACAAAAUUCCUUGCUGUAAGGGCUUCUAAUAAGCACACAGUGUGAAGCUGAACCAAGGAUAUUCCACAUUUCCAGGGAAAGAUCGGGCAAUAGUACUAUUUUCUCACCAUUGCAUGUGAUCGUGUCUUUCCAAUUGUUUUCUUUAUUUUUCUGAAAGAGCUGCAAAACUGUGCAGUGGUUCAACCUGACCAAAGUGGUAUUAUGCUGCUGGGAAGUAAAAGUAUUAGACACCA